AUGGUAGUCAACACUAAUUCAGGCCCCGUGCGAGGCGUCCACGUGAAGCCCAACAACCGGUACCUGAAACCCGUUGUCUUGUUCCUCGGGGUGCCUUACGCCGCCCCGCCAGUUGGAGCUCUCAGAUUCAUGCCCCCAAAAAGUGCUCUGAAGUGGUCUGAGGAGAGGAAUGCGCGUGACCAACAAGGCGGAGGCGCUGAAGAGGAUGUCAGAAGGACGCUACAAUUACCUGCAGCGUCUCAUUCCGCUACUCCUGAACCAAAGCGAGGAUUGUCUCUACCUCAACAUCUACACGCCGAUCAGAGACCUCCUGUCACCCAAGCCGGCCAACGAGCUGGUCCCUGUCAUGGUGUACAUUCACGGGAGUCGUAUGAGUGGAACAGCGGCAACCCUUACGACGGCACGGUGCUGGCCUCCUACGGCAGGGUGGUGGUGGUGACUGUUAACUUCAGACUAGGAGUAUUAGGAUUCCUAAAGCCGAAGAUGCUGGGCCGAACACUUAGCAACUUCGCCCUUCUGGACCAAGCGGCUGCUCUCCACUGGGUCAAACACAAUAUUGCCAACUUCGGCGGGGACCCUGAGGCUGUCACUGUCUUUGGCCACGGUACUGGGGCUGCCCUGGUGAACCUGCUCCUUAUAUCGCCCGUCACUCAAGCGUCUAGAGGGCUGGUCAGGAGGGCGAUUCUAAUGAGUGGAUCUGCCCUAAGUCGCUGGGCAAUGACUUAUGACCCUUAUAAAUACACGGCACAGAUGGCCGAGGCGCUGGACUGCCCUCCCUCAGACGUGCGGGACGGCCUUAUCACUUGCCUGCGCAGGAAGUCGGUGCGGGAGCUGCUGUCCGUCAACCUGCAGACCAAGCCCUUCUACACGCCCCUCGGCCCUGUGGUGGACGGCGUCAUCAUCAAGAAAGACCCGCUCAAGUCGAUGAGGGAGGACACAGGAAUCUUCGGCAAGUUUGAUUUGAUGUACGGCGUAACACGAGCCGAGAGUUUCCACAUGCUGGGCGACGCGGACUCCAAGAACGGGUUUUCUGUGCACCGUCGCAACCACCUGGUCAACGCCUACGUCAGCAACAACUAUGAGAACUUCCCGGGGAUGGUGCUAUCAACCGUCACCAGCCAUUACACCUCCUGGGACAAAUCGGCGCCCACAGACCCUCGGGAGGUGCGCGAUCUCACGAUGGACCUGAUGAGCGACGCGCAGAUCAAGGCUCCUGUGAUGCAGAUGGCGGAUUUACACUCUGACAUCCACCAGAAGAGUUUCCUGUACGUGUUCAACCACCAGAGUGCAUUUGGUGACUACCCGCAGUCUCACGGGGCCAUCCACGGCGAGGAGUUGGCGUACGUGUUCGGGGCGCCGCUCGUGGGAGGCUUCAACCACUUCGGGCUCAACUACACGCUGCAGGAGAAGCUUCUGUCUGAGCUCGUCAUGAUCUACUGGACUAACUUCGCCAAGACUGGGAACCCCAACCUCCCCACGCCCCAGAGCUACAAGACACCAGGGGCCUCCAGACAAUUCCAAGAGAACAUGAAGGUGAUGUGGCCGGCGUAUGAGAAGCAGCUGCAGCAGUACCUCCACAUAGACAUGGAGGUGAAGAGGAAGGACCGAUACAGAGCUAACUUCAUCGCGGUAUGGAACAAGGUCAUCCCGAACCUCCUGGUCACCUCCCCUCCCACACCCAAGCCAGAGACCCUCGUCACGCCUUCCACCUUCUACUCCUGGACCACGGCUCCCCCGACACUGCCAGACAACCACAUCCCGAUCCACGGCAUACGCGGCUACAACAAUGAGGUCACAGAGAAGUCCAGGAGACCCUUCGAACCAAAGAUUAUCCCGGGGCCGCCUACAGAACUCCCACAGGUGACCCCGACGCCCUCCCAGCCUACCCGUCAGGCUGCCGGAACCCCAAUCAGCAUAGUAAUUCUGGUCGGUAUCUGUAUUCUGAUCGUGAACUGCUGUGCCAUGGGCGGGGUAUACUACCAGAGGGACAAGAUUCGCCACCAGUCCAGGCUGUUGAGGAACACUUUGCGGCCUAAGAAGAGCGAGGAAUCCGAAGAGAAGACCCCAGAGACGCCAGUAGUGGAGCCCAAGAAGGAAAAGACCCACAAGAAGAAGGGAAGUGGUAUUAACUUUAGCUUCGAUAUCUGCAAUGAGGUGCUUCCCGACGGUAUGUCUCGUUCCUCUGGACCUUCCAGGGAGUCGUCAAUGAAGCGAAAGGAACAUCGGUCAACGUCACAAAGCUCCUCCUCCAAGCCAGGCACUCCCAAGGGCACGAGCAAGAGUUCCAAAAGCCCCAAGAGCGGACACAAGCGCCACAAGAGCGAUGUUUCGAUGUAUAGUGAGAUAGGAAAGGUGACGGAGGUAGAGGUGCAUGGGGUGGGGACAGGCAGCUCUCUCUCCAGACAUCAGCGUAAGAACCCCACUGUUAAAUUUAACACCCUGGGCUCCGGGCUACCUCCAAAAGCCGUCACCAAGAGCACCACAUCCAUCUCCUCCAGAGCCUCCAUCAAGAGCAACACCUCACGUGCCUCAGUUAAGAGCACUGCCUCCAGAACCUCCGCUAAGAGCGCUACUUCAGAAAAACGCCUCAAGAAGAAUGCCAGCUGUCAGAGCCUCCCAACAGCUGAGUACUCCUGGGGCAUAACUCCCGAGAUGACCAUGACCCAACGAGAUGACCCUGAAGGCCACGCUGAUCUGAAGGACACACCUGCAGACCGCCAACAGACUGUCCUAGCGAUGCAGAAGCUCAACUACCCAAAGGUGCUGCCCGAUCAUCCCCCAGAUGGCCACCACGCCACCCUGCCGAGGUCUCGGCCGCCACCGCCUCCACGCUCUACCUCCCUCACCUCGCGGGACAUUCAGGAGCUGGAAGAGUCUAUCCACGUGGUAUACCGCAAGAAGAAGCCACCUCGUAGGGAUGCCUCCACUGACUCGUGUGACCUGAGUGGCAUGGACAACAUCUACCUGAUGGGUGCAGAGGCGGGGCCGCCUGCCUCCAUGUACGGCGCGCCAGCAGCCACCGCCACUGUCAACAAGGCACGAGCCAGGAAAAGUGAUGGAGGUGACUAUGCGCGUGAAUACGGCGACUACGGCAGGCAGAGCGCCGUGGCGGAGUACCUACGUGCAGUUCCAGCAGUUCCAGAUGUCGGAAGGGCGACGCCCGUUGACUUUAGUCGCCCACCAGGUAAUCCAGUGUAUGGCAGCUACACUCCGUAUGACACAACUUACCUGUACAAAGACAGUGGCGAGCCAAGCCCCAAGGCUCCCAUCGCCCCAAAGGCACAUGAUGCAGCAAAGACUUAUGGUGCAUACAGCGACCAGAGGACCCCACACAGACCACUUGCUACCUUCGGGAAAACUAGCACUUACCCAGCGGGAGAGGCCGCACCACAGCCUGACUACAGCCAGAGCCGACCACCCCAGGACAUGAGUCCCAUGGCAGCUUUACCUCACACCUCACCAGCAGUGGUCACGGCGGCAGCACAGACUGCCCUGGCAGCAGCCACAGCCCCGGCCUUUGUGGGUGCCUCUGCUCCCCCUCGAACUAACUCUCCUAAAGAUUACGGUGUGCCACCACCGGCAGCUAUGCACACCUCUGCCCUCCGGCAGCAGUCCUCCACCACGUCCAGCUCAGACGCCACCACCGUAUACGAGCAGACGGAGAACACUGGCACCAUAAAGCGGAAAAAGACUAAAGGCGACACCUCCUCUCCUAACACCAUCACCCCUCCGCAAAUUCCCUCCUCCCCGGAGCCUGACAAGCCCUACGAGAAGCCGUUGAAAAGUGCGCUGAAGCAGACAUCAGCGUAUGACAGACCUAAGCCCUUGAUGGCGAGGGCUCCAGGUGCCUCCCCGCCAUCCACAAGCGCCUCAGCCUCCAGCCUUAGCAGCAGUAGCACAAACAAUGAUCCUUGUGACUCUGACCACAGACACGCUCCAUUGAAUCGCACGCCUUCAGCCAAAAGAUCAGCACGCGUGGCCACACCGGCUGUCAGAAGGAAGGGUUCCCGCCAAGACAACCACACCACCACCUCCACCACCAUCCAGACAGACCCCUAGACGCCACGUCGCUUGUGGGUUUGACCUCCUGUCAGGCGCAGUGUUCACACUGCGGUGUGUUCCGUGACUGUUCCAGGCCGCCACAAGGCCCAGUCUACGUGCGUAUGCAACAUACCUACGUAUUUCCAGUCACAACUAUUUACAUUUGACUCAGCUGCGUGUGGUGAGCCUCAGAGUGGGCUUCCUGCAGCAUCACCUUAUUGUGUUACAGCCACCUGCCUCCACCUAACCGCCGUCAGUGCACGCUGUUCCUCGCAACAAUUGUCUCGGAUCGCUGCAGGAGAGCGGGAAGGGUUUUGUUUUGUCCUCCAACGGACCAUUAUGAGUCACCGACUCUCAAGCAAGUCACUAGUCAGUCCAAAGUGAGGAUUUGUGGGAAUCACAGUUGCAUUUACGAGAUUCCAUUGUGUCGAGUGGUUGCGGCCGCAGCCUCUCCCGAGACCCAGACAUCUCGGACACAACUCCGUACAAACCUAGUGCCCUGGGCCUCGGCCCUUUCUUUUUUAUUAUUAUUAUUAUGGUAAGAAGCUUGAAUCGUGUCCUCGGGUAGCUACACAAGUUCCUGUUCAUGACAAUUCCUUCAGUGUGAGCGGCUGAGGUGUUCCUGUUCUUGGUUCAGCCGCUCGCAUCACGCAUCACGUGUAUUUGUGGCUUGUGUUCCAACGAAACACUUCGCCUCAUUCUUACUUGCGUACAAUGUUCCUUCCUAGUUUUUAAAUCUCACCCUCAUUAUUCAUGAGAGAAAUGUCUCCACAGUAUUUCAUGACACACUAUUUUUAUUUCUUUACUAGAGAACUUUAAUUUUUGAAGGUAGUCACAGGGAGGCACCAAGAAACUUGUCACUGUUCGACGCUGUGAAUUUCUAUUGUUUUAGUUAGUUUUCUUGUAGAUGUUUCUUAUCAGAGCUGCAGAUUUGUGCAUUGUGGGUUUGGAAAUUGUGGUGUAGGCUUCACUGGUCCUCACAGCGGUCACCUGAUGGCCGGCAGGUGUAAUGAGGUCACAAAGAUUACGCUAAGUAUUGGUGCUUCCUGUUUUCAUUAAAAUUCAAAUCAAAACACACGAACCCCAUGAGGAAAACUGUAUAGGAUUAAAAAAAAUCUUGAUGAAAAUCUACUUUACAUUAGAUGUAUUUUUAGUUCAGUAUGUCUUGGGAAUUAGUUUUUCCUUUUUUGUAUACCAUACACUUGUUGUAAGCGAUGUCAGCGUGACCACUUGUUGUCAUCACACGGCAUUGCUUUGGUAUAUUGAUUUGUGUUCGUGCGUGUGUGCAUGACGACCAUUCCAUGAAAAGGGGUAGCGACGCACCCCGCGCGGAGGGAGCGGCUCGCUGCCCCCAACACUCACUAAGAAAGGUUCACUACACUGCUAAGUACUUCACAUUUUUUUUUUUUUUUUUCGCUCUCUUUUGUCUCCCGAUUUCGGUGUUUUGUAUAAUUCAAAGUGCAGGGAAAGAACAAAGGUAAUAAGCGUGGAACUCUGCCUUCCACACAGUUUCAAGAAAUAGAAGUGCUACUUAAAAAAAAGAGAGAGCACACAGACAGCUUCCUGUAAGAGAUUGUGUGGCCGCCUGUCAAUGCGCGCUGAUGGGUGUGCAAGCGAAUGCAGACAUCUGGAGAGUGACGGCGAGGCGAGUUGCGAGUAACGUAGUAUUCUUGCUUCGUCUUUUGUUUGAGCCUCGUGCCUUCUUCGUCUAGGGAAGGAGGCAGCAUUAAACAAGGAGAGAUUAGAUGGAGUGAGUAAAAGUAGGUACUAUAUUUUAUCACACCAUGCAGUUAGUUUUACGUUGGUCAAGAUCUCAGUGGAAUCAUGACACUCACUUGUCAGGUUCAAUCCCUAGACACCUGAUUGAUUACUGGAUGUGUCUUGGACGAGUUCAGCCCACACACCUGACGCCACUUCUUCAAUGUUCCUGUCAGGUGGGCGGGGCCUGGGCUACCUUCACGUAUUCGUGGUGACAUCUCAAGUCCAAUCAGACUUAAGUUAAAAACAAUAAAGCUUUUUUUUUC